GGCCGCUGACCCCCGCGUACUCUGAGAUCUUGCACGCAAUAUUUUUUUCCAGUGAGUCAGGAUGCAGAUUUUCGUGAAGACACUUACGGGAAAAACUAUAACCCUAGAAGUUGAGCCUGCUGAUACAAUAGAAGCAGUUAAGGCGAAAAUUCAGGAUAAAGAAGGCAUCCCACCAGACCAACAACGUCUAAUUUUUGCUGGCAAACAACUGGAAGAUGGACGAACUCUUUCCGACUAUAAUAUACAGAAGGAAUCAACACUUCAUCUUGUCCUCCGUCUUCGUGGUGGUAUAAUAGAGCCUACCUUGAAGGCAUUAGCUCAAAAGUAUAACUGUGAAAAGAUGAUCUGUCGAAAAUGUUACGCACGCUUGCAUCCGAAGGCCACUAAUUGCCGCAAAAGAAAGUGUGGACACACAAGUAAUGUAAGGCCCAAAAAGAAACUUCGUUAAUCCAUAAUUGAAGCGAAUAAAUUUUUCUCGG